AUUUUUUUUAUUACAUCUUUAAUUUUAAUUAUUUUAGUAAUAGUUUCUGUCGGUUUUUUCACUUUAUUAGAACGCAAGGUUCUAAGUUAUAUACAGAUUCGCAAAGGCCCAAAUAAAGUAGGUUUUAUGGGCUUACUACAACCUUUUAGAGAUGGUAUUAAGCUUUUUUUAAAGGAGCAGGUUUGACCAAUUGAUUCUAAUUCAUUAAUUUAUUAUUUAUGCCCUUUAUUUAGUUUGAUUCAAUCUUUAUUUAUUUGGUGUUUAUUUCCUUUUUAUUGAAAUUGUAUUAGAUUUGUUUUUGGUAUGUUAUUUUUUUUAUGUUGUUCUAGACUUAGAAUUUAUGGUCUUAUUAUUUGUGGCUGAUCUUCAAAUAGAAGUUAUUCUAUGUUAGGAUGUAUUCGUAGAAUUUCACAGGCUAUUUCUUAUGAGGUUUCACUAUCUUUAAUUAUAUUAUGUUUUUUUUUAAUAAUUAAUGGUUACAAUUUUAUUAAUUUUUUUGUUUUUCAGAUUAGUAGAUGAUUUUUUUUUUGUUCAGUUCCUAUAUUUUUAUGCUGAUUUUCUUGUUGUUUAGCUGAGAGAAAUCGUACACCAUUUGAUUUUUCUGAGGGGGAAAGUGAAUUAGUUUCUGGAUUUAAUAUUGAGUAUGGUUCUGGCGGAUUUGCUUUAUUAUUUAUUUCUGAAUAUGCUAGUAUUAUUUUUAUUUCUAGUUUAACUGUUAUUAUUUUUUUUGGGGGUGAUUUUUAUAGAUUUAUUUUUUUUUAUCAAGUUAAUUUUUUUUGUUUUUUAUUUAUUUGAGUUCGUUGUUCUUUUCCUCGGUUUCGUUAUGAUAAACUUAUAUAUUUAGCAUGGAAGUGUUAUCUUCCUAUUUCUUUAAGUUUUAUUAUUUUUUUUGUUUUUAUUAAGGUUUUAGUCUUUUAUCAUUUUUUUUUGUAA